GUGGAAGGAAGGGUUUUUGUCUCCCAACUGCUCGGAGCCGAGCUUCGUGUAAGCGAGAGGAAAAUGCGGCGCACGACGGUCGCGGCAGCUCCGGACGAGAAGCAAUGAAAUGUGCGCGGAUGUCCAGCGGUUUCCCUCAGGAUCAGAGUUUCCAGCUGUAGGCCAGCAUGCUGUCACCCACAGCCUCGCUUCAGAUUUUACUUCUCACUGUCACCGCUGUCACUGUGUCAGGGGUCCAGAAGCUGACCAUUACCCCUGACGCAGGCGCCACCCUCAACAUCAGCAGCAGUCAGGUUAAAGGUUGCAAGGUGUGCACCGGGGCAGGGCGCUCACGACAAUGUAAUACAUCCCUUCUGCUAAAAGGCAAUGCUCCUGUCACAGUGGAGUUUGACUGCUCCAGACCUCAAGAUGUAUUCAGCGUGGAAAUUGUGCGAAAUAUCGAAUGUACCUCAAAGUCGUGCGAUAGCCACAUCGUCCAGUCCGACGACGGCUCGCUUCCUUUCCUGGAUUUUAACCGCAAGUUCACCUGGAACCUGAGGGCCUCUGCGCCGAAAGCGUUUAAAUUAGACUUCGCCAACACAGGUCUAAGGCAGAUUAAUGCAUUGGAGAGAUGUCCGGACAAUCACAGCUACAGCAUCCAGGCCCUCCAGACGACAGGGGAGGUCGUCAUAGGGAAAUACUGCAGAACGGGACCUAUCAGUAGUGCUCAGAUACUGAAUCAAGGCAGCUUUUCUGUGGACAUCCCAGCAGGGCAGAAGCUGCAAAAAGGCCAGUUUGAUGUGUCUCUCGGGGAGGAAAUCAAAUCUCUUGCCAAAAUUACCCUGACGUUACCAAAAGGGAACUCGUCCUCAGAGUUGCUGUCUCCAAACUACCCGGACAGUUUUCCUGAUGAUGACGUGAUGGAGUGGUACUUUCAGGUCCCGGACAAACACAAAACAUUUGUUCAGCUGCUAAAGCUCACACAGCCUCGCUGUCUGAAAAAGGACACAGCAGUGGAGUACCACAGCAGGGGGAGAGGGGCUCUGGUGCUGAGGCUGACGGACCCCCAGCCAGAGCAGAAUCAGGGAAACUUCUCCCUGACGCUGAGGAACUGCGAGAUGGACCGAAGACGUGCUGGUUCUCCUGGACUGUCCCUAAACCUCAAAGUGACUUCUUCAAGUAAAAGCUCACCAGUGUCAUGCAAAGUGGCUGUGAGCAAAAUGGAGGGCCUUUCUCUUCACAUUGAGAAGUUGACACCGGCCUCUGACUGCGAGAUGAAAAUAAACUCUGUGACGAAGGAGAAGAUCACAGUCACGUCAAACAGUGACCUGUCUUUCCAGGACUGCCUUCCUGAAGACGUACAAGUCACCGCCACGCGAGUCAUAGAGUGCAGUCAACUCAAAGACUGCCCGAAGACUCAGAUCCGUCUGUCGGUGCCUCCACUGCCGACCUGCCUCCCAGCCCCUCUGAGCAGUGUGACCUGGGCCCUCCGUCCACCUCAGCAGGGAACCGUGGAGCUGACCUCUCCCAUGGGGUACCUCAAGCAGUCCCUACCUCGGCAGCCAUGCAAUGACAGCAUCAUGAUCAAAAUGGCCGAAGACGACGGCACUGCUGUUGGACACUUCUGCCCUCAGGGAUCCAUACAGAAGGUCCAGAUCCACACCAACGUGACUGUCACUGUGUCCGGCAUCGGGGUCAGAGCACUAAGGACGUCUUUCAAGCAUGUGCUGAAUGCUAGAAUGAGCGGGGAGAUAUCAGAAAGAUACAUAUUCACUGUAUCGCCAAAGAGGGACAGUCCUGUCUUUUUGGCUACUCCUGGUUGGCCAGUAGGAAUGAGGGAUUACUCCACCGUCUCCUGGAUCAUCUCCGUUCCCCCGAGGAUGGAGGCUCACCUGAUGUUUGCCAACCUCAGCCAGCCCAAGUGCAACAACCGCCACACCAACAUCAGGGUGCAGAGAGUUGGCCGCCCAGAGGAGGACUACAGCCGCAGGGAGGACGAGGAAGCCGAGAGCGAGAUUGUCGUCUCAGAGAGCUUCUACCUCAACAUGUCCAACUGUAUGACUGAAAAAGGAGAGUUCAGCGUCAUCACCAAGAUCACCCUGCAGAAGAGCAUAAACCUUCUGCUGACUACCAUCCUGAGUGUGGUGGCUGCUCUCCUGGUAAUUUUUGCUAUCGUGCUGGUAGUGGUCUGUGUGGUGAUUAGGAAGAAGAAGAAGAAGCUCAAUCAUCAGGUGUCAAUCUACAAUCCAAAUGGUACCAGCUUCCUGCCAGGACUCCAAACCUUUCCAGAAACCCGUGAAGACAACAGCGAUCAUGAGUACGCCUCCAUUGAGGACACGCUGGUCUACACACACCUGCUGAGACAGGGGAGAGAGAUCGGCGUCUACGGAGAGUUUGAUACAUACCGGCCCUUCGCAGGACACACAGACUCUCAGAAGCCGCUGGUCUCUAAAGACACCGGUGCAGACCACCCGCAGGUCGGGCUCCACCAACAAUCUCAACAAGCUCCUCCACUUCCCAUCAGGCCUCUGAGCCACGGCCAAGGCCUGGUGGACAAUGUCAUUUACCAGGCUGAGGGCCAAAGUGAAGAGGAACAUUCCUUGAAGCUGGGGCCGCGGCUGGAGCCGGAGGGAGGGAACUGAGGAGAAGAUUGGAUUCGGCUUUCUGCUUUUCACUUGACCUACUUGAACUUUGAGACAUUCAUUCCCUGGCACCUGUGUGAUUACCUGAUGUUCAGCCUUUGCAAGAAGCCUUUGUUUUCUUCCUCUUGAGCGCACUUUUGCACUGAGGCCAAGCACACAAAAUAAUCCUGUUCAGACCUGCCUGCACAUGUUACCUUGUUUUAUCUCAGAUGAAGGUGCAUUUGGUUUUGAAAGCAGUACAUUUUACCACUAUAAAGAGAUAUGUUGCUUCUAGGCAUUUAAAUUUUUUAAUUUUUAUUUUGAACAUAUCACACAUAUCAUGGAUGACACAGGAGCAAACGUGUGCUGUUUACAUGCUGAGUUUUUCAUUGUAGCCAUUAAACCACUGAAUAGAGAGGACUCCACUGCUGUUGCAACACACUUUUACAAUAUCAUCAAAACAUGAUGGCCUGAUGAUGACCUGUCUGUGCAUGGAAUAUUCUCUCCAUUUUAAUCACUGCUUUUGCACCUGCUGUGAAGACUUCCAGACACAGUGUCACUCCACCAUAAAUGUGCCUUACAGAAAGGUCAGGAUCUUAGAGCUGUUUUCAGCCAUUUGUGGUCCAGGGGUAAAUAAGAAAUGAGUGCUUUUAGGAAUAUCUUCUGCUGGUUAAGUGGCAUUUUUGUUGUCCUUAUACAUGUAUCGUGAUAAAUGACAAUCACUAGGCAGAAACCAUAUUAUAUUAUAUUUGUUUUGAGGACCCCUUCUGCUGGACUGUAAUGAAGUGAACCUAAAAUCCUUGUACGUACUUAUUGCAGCCUGUGAGUGAAAAUCACACAAAGAAAGGUCAGUAUGUGUGUUGGUUGACUGAAUUAUGGUUUUAAUUACAAGUAGCUUUUAAAAGAGAGGCCGUGUGCAGCCCAUAAUUUAACACAAGUGUGAUGAUGCCUCUUCAUAAGUUGUUGUGAAGACAGACAGUGGUUUGGUGUGGAACAACAAACUGAUGUAGCCGGUCACAGUACAAACCAAGUCCUAAGUUCCAGCUUUUGUUUUAUAAAAUUUGACAGGUUGUACAUUAACAGGGACAGAAAAUAAAAAUCUUUAUUUAGGGUUUUGAUUUCGACAUUAAUGAGGAAAUUGGUGUUCAAGCUUUAUCAAUCAGACUUGUGAAAUGGACAAUUGUCUGUUAUUUGUCUUCUGAAGCCAUGUUGCAGUUCAGAAAAUCAACUGCAGAGGGAGACAAAGUUGCCAUCGGUCCAUUCUCAUUCCUGAAGAAAUAAAGGGUCCUUUUGCUCUCUGAA